AUGGCCAACUACCGCUACCCAAAUCUGACAAUAAUCAACGAAUCAGACCUCCACGACGCCAACCCAAAUUUCUUCAGCAAUGCAGUAAUAGCAAAAGUUCCAUUGCCAGCCACAGAUGCAGUGGACAUCGACGUACAACAUAUAUCAAAGUAUGGUGUUGACUACUUCAUACGAGCACACUCAUCGGAUGCAAGUGCCCGCAUGCUUGUCAGAGGCUUCGCUAAUGUUUCCAUCUACACACUGACACUCAUGCCAUGGACCCCAGGCUACGGUUCCACAACGGUGCCUCUGCACACUCAGGGAAUUUGCACCAUCCGAAACAUAACAUUUACAGCCGCAACAUUAAUGUACUGGGUCUCCGUCUAUGGACAAGAUAUGCUUGUCCCCAGCAUAGCACACAUAGGUGCCAAGAAAACAACUCAGCAUGGUGAUCUCCUAAACAUUUUGCCGCUAUGGUACGAAACAUACACAGAAGAAAUGCUUGGGAGAAUGUCCCCGCCAGAAGAAAGAGCAUCUCAACGCCGAGGAUCAUCAGAUCUGGGUACCGCGCACCGAGAGGAAGUCCGCGAGCAAUACUACGCCUACGCAGGUUACGACGACGAGGCAACCUCCCGGCCACGAGGUUAG